AUGGAGUGCAACACAAUUAAGACUGCGUCUUUCGCCCGCAGGCUGGACUCUAUCUGGGGGGACGGAAAAUGCAGGGUAUCCGAUCCAAGUAUUACCGACUCCCAUGACGAUACGUCCUUAGAUAACCAACAGGACUCAGAAGGUCCGGGCAUUCAAUUGCUCCUUGGCCCUACGCCAGCGGAUGAACUAACAGCAGAUAUAGUGCAUGCAGAUUUUGCUCCUUCAGUGGAGGUGACCGCCGGCGCGUCAGCUCCACUAUUCCUGGCAGAAACGGCUGAACAGGUAACGGCAGACGGAGAAGAAGCAGGUCCUAACGGGAGAGGCGAAGACGCAUCCGAUGAGGGGCAUUGGGUAGGACUGCUGAUACUUGAGGUGCCGCUCGACGACGGCCCGCUCCAGCCUGCCUCCCCUCUUGACCCUGGCCUGCUUGCUUUUAUUGACGCCGUGCUACUUGGCAGCGAAGUUCCCCUUGCUGAAUCGGCCUUACCGCCAGCAGACGAACCACAGAACUCUGAACUGCUGAAUCGUUCUGCUGGUUCGUGGACCGCCACAUCAGCAGCAGCCUCUGGACUGGACGGGAGAGCUUCAUCGAGUACGGUGCAAGAAGAGCUCGCAGAGCCCUCUUGGGUACCACGAACGUCUAGGAGAAACCGUAGGCAGAAAACGAUCGAUAACCAGAAGCCAUCUCCACGCCCCUCAACCCCCCAAAAUGUACCAAGUGGCUCAGCUGCUGAUGCAGCAGGAGGCUCUGGCCUGGACGGGAGUCGUCCAUCGAGUAAUGUGCGUGAAAAUCCCUCAAAGCGCCGUCCAGUACCAAUCAUUCUUAGAAGAGGCCGUAAGCGGAGAAUUGGCGAUGAGCAGGAGCCAUCUCCAGACCCCUCAACCCCCCAAAAUAUAUCCGAUGGCUCAGCUGAAGUUGCACUAGGAGCCUCUGGCCCGGGCGGGAGAGCUCCGUCUAAUACUGUGGAUGAAGGGCCCUCAGUGCCCUCGCCAACAGCAAAGAGGCCAAGGGGACGGCGUAAGCAAAGAUUCAGCGUUAGACAGGAGCCAGAUCCAGGCCCCCCAACUCCCCAAAUUAUGCCACGUGACUCAUUUGCAAACCGUGUAUCGUGGAUAGCAUCAGCUGGGACACGUGCAGGAGGAGGAGUCAGCUUCCAGCAAUACGAUCCAACCGCAGUGAUUUCUUCUUCUGAUGACCCUAGUACUGUCCCGCAGCUGCUGCUGCCUGCGCGUAUCAUGGAAACAGCUGCAGUGCUGCUGCCGGAGAAUGGAGGAUUCUUCCCAAAUGCCGAAGUGCUCAACCAGGUGCUUUGGGAGGUGCCGUCUGUAGACCCAUCCGCUUCACCGCAUUCCUCUAGUCCAGGAGACACCUCCGCCUGA